CACUCGACGUUUCACACGGACCAAAUGACAGUGACGCACCAUGGACGCCGAUGUGGAAAGCGGUCUGAGGGCUGAGAGAAGAAGUAAAAACGACAAGAAACUUCUUCGCAAACAGACAAAAUCAAGCCACACUUUGUUGAAACACGAAGGAAUAAGCACGACGUCGAAGCCAACUAAGAGUCUGGUGGUGGCAAAUGGCGGCUUGGGGAACGGUGUCAGCAGGGAAGAAGUGUCUGCUCUGCUCCAACAGAUGGGAGAAGUGGAGACCCUGCUCAUGCCCCCUCACAAGCCCUACGCUUUUGUCACAUACGGAUCCGAGGAGAGUUCUCGGAAGGCUCACGCCCACCUGAACGGGCAGAAAGUGCAGUGUGGCGAUAAUAGCGUGACGCUGUAUCUCAGCUACGUGGAAUCAGUUCCGUGUGAGCAACAAGCAGGUGUCACCCUGCCAGCAGGGUUAGAGCUGCUGGAAGACUUUGUUUCUCCAGAGGAAGAAGAUCAGCUGCUUGCUGCCAUUGACUGGUCGUCCACUAAUGAUGACGUCACCGCCCAGAAAGCCCUGAAGCACAGAAGAGUCCAACAUUACGGCUUUGAGUUCCGCUACGACAACAACAACGUGGACAAAGACAAGCCGUUAUCUGCAGGUCUGCCUGCGGAAUGUCUCCCAGUCCUGGAAAGGUGUCUGGACAAAGGCCACAUCAAGUCCAUGCCCGACCAGCUGACUGUAAACCAGUACGAGUGCGGACAAGGUAUUCCUCCUCACGUGGACACGCACUCGGCCUUCGAGGACACCAUCCUGUCACUCAGCCUGGGGGCAAAGACGGUGAUGGAGUUCCGUCACCCAGACGGUGGUGUGGUGCAGGUGUGUCUGCCAGCACGCAGCCUCCUGGUGAUGCAAGGAGAGAGCAGACACCUGUGGACACACGGAAUCACUCCUCGUAAAUCCGACACGGUGCCGGCCUGCGACCCACAAUGCACUGCUCCUACGACGUGUGACCUGGGCGCUCUCAAGCAGCUGACUUUGAGCAGGAGGGCCACGCGCACGUCCUUCACCUUCCGUAACAUCCGACAUGGACCCUGCCGAUGUGCUUUCCCCUCCGCCUGUGACAGUCAAGGAGCUCCCUCGGCGAUGCCGCCACCCCCCUCGCUCCCGCGAAGCGGCGGAGACGCGGCGCGCCUGGAGGCGGAGUACGUGCACCGCGUGUACGACGCCAUCGCCUCCCACUUCAGCAGCACCCGCCACUCGCCCUGGCCCCGUGUUUGCCACUUCCUGUCGUCGCUCCCGCCCGGCAGCGUGCUGGCGGACGUGGGCUGCGGGAACGGGAAGUAUCUGGCUGCCAACCCGGAGGUCUUCAGCGUGGGCUGUGACCGCAGCAGCUCUCUCCUCCAAAUCUGCGCCGAUCGAGGUUUCCAGGCGUUUGUGUCUGAUGCCCUGAACGUGCCGCUACGCACGGCCUCGUGUGACGCCUGCAUCUCCAUCGCUGUCAUCCACCACUUCUCUACACCAGAGCGGCGCUUGGCGGCUGCGAAGGAGCUGGUGAGACUUUUGAAGCCUGGCGGGCGUGCUCUCAUCUACGUGUGGGCUUUGGAACAAGAGCACCAGCAGCAGAAGUCCAAGUACCUCAAAGACUGCAACCUCUCCGAGGAAAGAGACGUUCAGGAGGGCGCCCACCAAAGACCUGCAGGUGAUGACACACUUAGUGUUCACACCAACCGCACGGCCUUCAGCUCUCAGGACCUCCUGGUUCCUUGGCACCUGAAAGAAAAAAGCCAAAAGGGGUCCAAAGACUCGAGUCCAAAUAGUAGGUGUCCUAGUGCGGCGCCUGUCUUCCACCGUUAUUACCACGUCUUCCAGCAGGGGGAGCUAGAGCAGCUGUGUGCGCAGCUGGAGGGAGUCCGGGUGCUGAGUGGCUACCACGACCAGGGCAACUGGUGCCUUAUUUUAGAGAAGUCCCUCUGAGACCCCCUGAAGUCCAUGGGAGGGCAGAACUCAUGACCGUAGAUGUAGAUUGUUUACUAGACCAUGGAGACACCAUGAGAUGGGAAUGUUGGCCUUAGAGGUCCGUCUGUGCUGCUUGCCAGCUCCAGUUUGGACUCAAAUGUCCAACACUGAAAAUACAUUCCCCCGUCAAUCGUGAGAAGAUUGUGGAGUGACAUAUUUGAUGGUUUGUUGUCAACUUGUCUGCUCACUUCUCAUGAAAUGUUGACUUUAGACCACAAGUCUUCAACAGAAAGUCUGCAAUCUGCAAUGUAAAUAUUCAUGGAAAUAAAGAAAACCUAUUGAAUGA